CUCCUUAUUCUUGUUGUUGUUUAAAUUCUUUUUAUUUUUACUUUUAAUUCAAAAGAUUAGCCUUUUAUCCUUUUACUUGUCUAGGAAUACUAAGAAAUGGUGUUCUAUGGUGGUUUCCUUAUGUAACUCUGAAUUAACAAUGAAAAUUCAAUUUGUUGUAAGGAAAAGUUAGUAAUGGAAUUGUGAAUUUGUUCUUGAUUUCGUCAUAUAGUCUAAUUUUUUGUUUUUGUGUGUGGUGUAUUAGACUGAAAAGGGAGUUGGGUUCUGCUUGAAAUUUUGGGUAAACGUGUUUGUGCGUGUGUUUGAAUUAGUACUUAUUUAUUUACUAUUUUCAAUGCAUUUGGUGUAACUGAGUUGAAGCUGAUUUUAAAUUAAUUCGUAAUCUUUCUUGCUUCAUUAGAUUUCUUAAAGAAAAAACUCAUUUUUUUUUAAUCUCAAACAUUUACCAAUUGCCUAAGCUUUUAAAACGAGUAAUAUCUCAUUUGCUAUACUUUGAGGAAAGAAAGACUUAUGGAGCAGCGCUUCGUUAGCUUCAUCUGAUGAAUUUUUUGCCUUCCUAGCGAUCUGUACAUGUCCGAUGUGCAAGUAAGGAAGUGCUUCUCACAGUGAUAAAUCACAACCACUAAGUUUCUUGGAAUUAUUGAAAUGUUUAGUAGAAAGGACUAAUGUUUUGGUUAGUAUACUGAUUUAGCCUCCUGCAUCAUUGCCUGCUGUAACACCUACUGCUAUUAGGAAUCUGAGGAUCAGGCACCUGUUCAUGGAAGAUGGUGUCUUAUGUCGCAGUGGUAAAUUGCAACAACGGUACUUGACAUGAAGUGCAAUAUUUGAAAGAUGGAACUGUUCUUUGCAAUUGUGAUAUUAGCAUGUCUCCACUCAUUCGCCUUACCUGAUGGACAAGGAGAUGCCCUGUUUGCACUGAAGAAUUCACUUAAUGCUUCAAAUGAUCAGCUUGCUGAUUGGAAUCAGAAUCAAGUUAGUCCUUGCAUUUGGUCCAAAAUUACUUGUGAUGAAAAAGGCAAUGUCAUCAUGGUGUCAUUGUCAAAUAUGGGAUUCUCGGGCACUUUAACUCCCAGAUUAGGUGUUCUAAAGAAUGUGAAUACAUUGUCUUUGCAAGGAAAUGGUAUAACUGGUAAGAUUCCAGAAGCGAUAGGAAAUUUAACAAGCUUGACAAUGUUAAAUUUAGAGAAUAACCGUCUGUCCGGAGAAAUACCAGCUUCCCUGGGAAAUCUCAAAAAGCUUCAGUCUCUGUUUUUGACUCAAAACAAUCUCACAGGGACAAUCCCUCAGUCAGUUUCAAGCCUCCCAAACUUGAUGAACCUUCAGCUUGCUUCCAAUGGUCUUACUGGUCAAGUUCCUGAACAGUUGUUUCAAGUUCCAAAAUACAAUUUUACAGGGAAUCGUUUGAAUUGUGGCUUAAAUUUCAGUCAUCAUUGUGAAUCUGAUAGUGGAGGUUCUCCUAGUAAACCAAAGACUGGUCUCGUAGUUGGUAUUGCUGGUGGAUUUCUUGGAAUUCUCCUUCUUGGAGGAUCUGUGUUAUUGUUCUGGAGGAGAAGGCACAAAGGCUAUAGGCGUGAAAUCUUUGUUGACGUUGUAGGUGAGGUUGAUCGACGAAUUCCAUUUGGUCAAUUGAGGAGAUUUUCAUGGAGGGAAUUGCAGCUUGCUACUGAUAACUUUAGUGAAAAGAAUGUUCUUGGACAAGGAGGUUUUGGCAAGGUCUAUAAAGGAGUGCUCAAUGACGGCACUAAAGUUGCCGUGAAACGAUUAACUGAUUAUGAGAGCCCUGGGGGAGAUGCUGCAUUCCAGCGAGAAGUUGAGAUGAUAAGCGUGGCUGUUCAUAGGAACCUCUUACGGCUUAUAGGGUUUUGCACCACACCGACUGAACGGCUGCUAGUAUAUCCAUAUAUGCAGAAUCUAAGUGUUGCUUAUCGUCUACGAGAACUUAAACCUGGGGAGUCUGUUUUGGUUUGGCCAACUAGGAAGCGUGUGGCACUGGGCACUGCACGUGGACUUGAAUACCUACAUGAACACUGUAAUCCAAAGAUUAUUCACCGUGAUGUUAAAGCAGCUAAUGUGUUACUAGAUGAGGACUUUGAAGCUGUAGUUGGUGAUUUUGGCUUGGCAAAGUUAGUUGACGUUAAAAAAACCAAUGUGACAACUCAAGUUCGUGGUACAAUGGGCCAUAUAGCUCCUGAAUACUUAUCCACUGGCAAAUCAUCAGAAAAAACUGAUGUUUUUGGCUAUGGGAUCAUGCUUUUGGAGCUUGUUACUGGCCAACGUGCAAUAGACUUUUCACGCCUAGAAGAAGAAGAUGAUGUUUUGUUGCUUGACCAUGUCAAAAAACUGCAAAGGGAGAAAAGACUGGAUGCUAUUGUAGAUCGGAACCUGAAUAAGAACUACGACAUGGAUGAUGUGGAGAUGAUGAUGCAGGUAGCAUUGCUGUGCACUCAGCCCUCACCAGAGGAACGUCCAGCAAUGUCGGAGGUGGUAAGGAUGCUGGAAGGAGAAGGGCUUGCCGAGAGAUGGGAAGAGUGGCAGCACGUUGAAGUCAACCGUAGGCAAGAAUAUGAGAGACUUCAGAGACGAUUUGAUUGGGGAGAAGAUUCGAUCUUUAAUCAGGAUGCUGUUGAGUUAUCUGGUGGAAGAUGACAAUUGAGUAAUUUUGAACUAGUACACACGUCAUUGCAACAAUGGCCAGCAAUCCAUGUUUUUAUUUUUUGAGUUGUUGAUGCCAUAUUGUUUUUUCUUUUUUCAUACUUUAUAUGUCUUCUCUUAUUUAAGCAUUCUUUUUCCUUUUAUGCUUGGCUUUGUGCAGUAACAUUCGAGUUUCAACAUGUAUUUUCCAUUCUGUUUUUGUUUUCCUUCUCCCAGAUGUUCCUGUGAAGUUUACAAUCACUUUUUGUAACAGAUAUUGAGUUUUGCUUCAUCUGAAGGUCUCAAGUGCUCUUGUUAUACAACCAUUCACCAAUUUCAUGUA